AUGGCAGGCGUAUUAAGUGAUGCCAUGUCUGGUUUACACUUGAGGACAGUAUCUACCGUAGUCGUAGACCCAUUUAUGCCAGUAUUCAGAAACUUUGGCGUGGAGGUAGCCAACGAAAUCCUGUUUAUUAUUGCUGACCAAAAUCCGUGCCUUACUGGUCAACAAUUAUGCCAAGAAUUCGAGAGAAGGGUUGGCAGUGAACUUGUGCAUUUAGUUGGGAUUAAAGGACCGGAAUUUGUACGUUCGUCACCAGUUUUGUCUCACCAGUCUCUGACUUGGUCCUGGACGACACAGUCCUGGACGACACAGAUCGACCCAUAUCAACCAACAACGUGGUCUUCAUUUGUAUAUAUGGUUAAUCCAAAUGAAUCAUAUCGGCUUACGUAUGAUAACAAGUAUCGCGAAAUGCUUCUAAUUCAAGCCUGGAAAUUAAUCGAAACCAAUGGCCUGAUUAACGCUUGUUGUGAAAAUACCGGUAAUUCUGCAUUUCAUUUUCUUGUCGGUACACCAGGAGCAACCACACCAAACCUUGUUCGAUUGUUGUUGCAAGCUGGAGGCGAGGAGUUGGCUUUGAAAACGAAUCGGAAAGAUCAAAAUAUUUUACACGUAAUUGCUGGAAGAAUGCGUGCAGAGAAAAACAGCAAUGGAGAUUUGGUGUUUGGAAAUGAAAAAGUUGAACCAAUUGCAUGGACUGCUGAAGACCGAAAAUCGAUCUUGGAUGUUUUAUCCCAAGAAUUAUCUUCCAAUGGGCUUACUGUAUUAGUAAAGGCACAAGACGAAAUUGGCGACACGCCGAUUCAUGAAUGGGCAUUGUCCACAUCGACCACAGUUCAUGAAAGUUUGGAUGCUUUUCUUCCUAAUCCUAACCAUGAAAUAGAAAUUGCAUCACAGUUACUACAAUUUGGUGCUCAAUUACGGCUAGCAAACAAUACUGGACACGUACCAUUGCACUAUGCUUUCAAUACCGACGUGUUCGAGUUUCUAGUUCAACGUUGUGAUGUUUGUCACGUGAGAAAUGACCUGGACGAAACUCCACUUAUGUUCAUGAUAAAAACAAUCAUUAGACAGGCUCUAUCACAAACCUGCGUAAAUGAAUAUCCAGAGUUAGCCACAGAAUUUUUGGAAAGGGCGAGCCCAAAACCAGUGAGUGUGGAUGAAUUGACGCAUAUUCUUGACUUGUUCGAAGAAUGCGAAGAAGCCAAGAACACGGUUGGAAUUCCCGACAUCAAUGGAAAUUCCAUUUUUGAUAUUGUCUUGUCAAGCAUCAAAAUCGCUUCUUAUUGUUUUUUCAACCAUCCUAGAUUUGAUAAUUUGUAUGUCGAAGACAAAUUGUUGAAAGAACAAUCUUUAAUCCGUUUGAGACGUGAUUUAGUCUCGUUACUUGAAAUAAUAAUGCACACAGCACAACAAGACGAAAUUCGAAAUCCUUUCGCUUUGCAUACGUUGUUGAAUAUACAUCCAAGAAUUGGUGAUCUUGAAUGCGUCAACACAGCAAUUAUUGAAAGUCUAGAUGCACUUCUUCAACAAAGAGUCGAGGUGAACGCUGUAGAUAGACGGACAGACGCCUUUAGAUAUUGCAUGCACUUUUAAUUACAUUCAGCCACCAUUCUAUGACGAAAUCAUUAACAAGCUUGUUCAGAAUGGGGCUCGUCGUGCAGAGCCAUGUAAGCGUCAAGUAAGAUCUCGUUGUCCGGAAAGUCAUCUUCAAAAUGCAACGGACCUUGCUAAAACCAUAGGCACAGAGGACACCGUUACUGUUGUGGGAAAGUAUCGUUAUUUUCAUCACUUGCCAAUUGGAUCUGGAGCUUUCAGUUCAGUGUUCCUGGCAAUCAAAGAUGAGCAUUUGGACGAACGGUCUGGCAUUAUGCACUGUAAUUUGUUCGCUUUGAAACGGGUGGAAAAGGCGAAAGUCAAUCCAAAAGAAAUCACAAGUGAAGUCAAAACGUUAAUAUCACUUUCUAACAGGAAUGAGAAUAUCGUCAGAUAUUAUGGAUUAGUAGAACACUCGCAUGACAAGUUUUACCAGUACAUCUGUCUUGAAUUGAUGGACGGUGAUCUUGAAGAGUUUGUCACAAACGGUGUCAAUACAGCGUUAAGUGUGCAACUUAUGAAACAGAUUAUCAAUGGUUUAGAAUUUCUUCACGAGCAAGGGUUCAUUCAUCGCGAUCUCAAGCCUGGAAACAUCCUGUAUACAACAAACCCAACAUUGCAAUUCAAGAUCGCCGACUUUGGACUGACGAAGAAUAUAGACUCUAUAUCCAGUGCGAAUUAUGUUGCCAUGGCACCGGGUACGCGAUGUUGGAUGGCGCCAGAGCUGAUCAGCAUGAAAUCAACAGAGCAUACCCAACAGUCAGAUAUCUUUUCCUUGGGUCUGGUGCUCUAUUAUUUUUUCACUCUGGGCAAACAUCCUUUUGAAACAGGAACUGUAAUACCACCCUACGUUAUUGAACAAAGGAUCGUACAGACACAGGUUAUAUUCACGUUUCAUCCCGAAGCCGCUAAUUUUUUUCAGACGCUUUUGAGCAAAGAUCCUUCCAAGCGUACGCCAGCGAAAUUCCUCCACCAGCAUCCUUUCCUUUGGAGCGAGAGAAAAAAGAUCGAAUUUCUUAAAGCAGUUGGUGACCAACCAGAAGCUAUCAGUCCAACCAAACACCCCAACUCGCCAUUGGAGCAACGUUUGCAGACGACAAAAAUUGGCCAGAUAGUGCAGGUUGUCGAGUGGAACCUUCAUCCUCUAAUCUAUGCCUUGUUUGCAGAAAUCACCACAACUUGGAAACAAAAGAAGUAUAGAACUGAUGAAGUAAUCGAUUUGCUACGAUUUAUCAGAAAUGCAUACGCUCACAAGCAAGAAAGAUCGCCAGUGGCACAAGGGUAUCUUGACAGAAAUAUUUUCCUACAGUCAUACGAUUCUCUUGUUAUCGAUGUUCUUAGAGUGGUACAGGAUCUUGGUUUCCUUAAGUUAACGAUCCAAACCGUAGCAACAUUCAACAAGCCCUAA